GGGGCGGUGACCAACGAGACGGAGCUGUUGGCUUGCCUGCGCGCCGCGCCGCCGCCGCAGCUGGUGGAGCACGAGGCGGCCGUGCUGCCGCAGCAGGGCGUGUUCCGCUUCGCCUUCGUGCCCGUGGUGGACGGGGAGUUCCUGGCCGACACCCCCGAGGCGCUGCUGGGCGCGCCGGGCCGCGCCGAGGCCGAGGUGCUGCUGGGCGCCGUGCAGGACGAGGGCACCUAUUUCUUGGUGUACGGCGUGCCGGGUUUCGGCAAGGACAACGAGAGCCUGAUCAGCCGCGAGGAGUUCCUGGGCGGGGUCCGGCUGGGCGUGCCGCAGGCCAACGAGCUGGCGGCCGAGGCCGUGGUGCUGCAGUACACCGAUUGGCUGGACCAGGACAACCCGGUGAAGAACCGCGAGGCGCUGGACGACAUCGUGGGCGACCACAACGUGGUGUGCCCGCUGAUGCACUUCGCCCAGCGCUGGGCCGAGCGCGGCGGCACCGUCUUCGCUUAUCUGUUCGACCACCGCGCCUCCAACCUGCUGUGGCCGCCGUGGAUGGGCGUGCCGCACGGCUACGAGAUCGAGUUCGUGUUCGGGCAGCCGCUGAACCCCGGGCUCAACUACACGGCCGAGGAGGAGGCGCUGAGCCGGCGCAUCAUGAGAUAUUGGGGCAACUUUGCCCGCACCGGGGACCCCAACGAGCCGUCAGAGCGCGAGCGGCGCUGGCCGUCCUACACGGCGGCGGGGCAGAGCUACGCCCGGCUCAACGCGCGGCCGCUCGCCGUGGCCCAGGGCCUGCGCGCCCAGGCCUGCGCCUUCUGGACGCGCUUCCUGCCCAAGCUGCUCAACGUCACCGGGCCCAUGGAGGAGGCGGAGCGGCAGUGGCGCCUGGAAUUCCACCGCUGGAGCUCGUACAUGAUGCGCUGGAAGAGCCAGUUCGAGCUCUACAGCCGCCAGGAGCGCUGCCAGCCGCUGUAGGAGCCCCACAACCCACCCGGGGCACCCCGAAAUCGGCCUAGAACAUCCCAAAAUCCACCCGGGACACCCCAAAAUCCAUCCAGGAACCCAAAAU